AUGACUGGACGAUGCAACACGCCUGCUGCGGCUUCUCCAGAUUUCGAAGCUGCCCCGCCUAGGAGGUACCAUGGCGCCGGCAACGACGGCCGCGGUGAUGACGGCCAGGCCGAAUUUUCCCAACAACUGCUUAACCACCAGCACCGCUCUAUAUUGCCGCCCACAUCACAAGCAGACCUUCGAGACAAUGGCAGAAGCGCCCGGGACAGACGGAGAGGGUCACCUUCGCGCAGUGCGCUGCACCAGCCACCAAACAUGCCGUCGAGGGCGUCACUCUCUUCGCCGGCCAAUCCACAGCCUACGUUGCAGAACCGCCCGCCCCGAAUAGGACAACCCGGCACGGCGCGCUCGUCGGCCAUGGAUAUUGACGAGCUUGCCAACACGGAUGAGGACGUCGAAGAGCUAGAUGUACUCCCGCUCGUCAUGUCGGACCUGGACCCUCGGUACGCAAAAGAGGUCACUACGCCUAAAAAUUCACCGCCGCCGCCCUCUCAACCUUCAACACCACCUAAGGCCAACGGCAACAUCCAGAAGACACCUAUGACGGUGUUCGCAUCCUUACCAUCACUUUACACGCCUAAAGCUGGCGGCAGCGUGCCGGCACCACCGCCACCAGCAGAAUCAGCCACAGAAUCAGCAACGGUAACAGCAACAAAGAACCUGUCGCCCGUCGUCGCCGUGGGGCGGCGCUCCAAUUCCAUGCUCGCCGUGCGCGUCAAGGGCCGACCCAAGGGCUGGAAGCCCGGGAUGACCUACCGAGAAGUGGCCCUGCGGAAUGCGGGGGUCGAUCCCAACGACCCGUCCGUGCCGCCAGAAAUUCUUUUGCCGCCACGCCCCCGGAAAACGGGGCGACCACCAGGCCGGCCGCGACUGCCAGGAGGUCCGCGACCGAAGCCCAGCCAGGGCGCAUUUGGCUUCAAGCGCGUUGGUCGCCCGCCGAUCCAGCCCAUUGAGGUGGUUCAGCGCUCCAUCUUCUGCAAUGGCCAGGCGUGCUUUGCGCCGUUCGUCUGUGAGUGGACCGGAUGCCGGGCCGAGCUGCACAACAUGGCUACGCUGCGCAAGCACGUCACUGUCGUGCACGGGCGACCAGCCGGAGCGGCCAAUACAUGUCAGUGGCGACGAUGCGCAGACCGCCAGACCGUACCCGCGCGGUACAAGGACGACACCGAUACCGACGCAGAUGGACAGACAUUACUCGAGCACGUUGAAUACCAACACCUGGCGCCGUUGGAGUGGCACCGGGGCGAUGGGUUUGUCAACAAUGGCCACAUAGGGCCGCCUCCGCCGCCAGCGGCAGCCAUGCUGCUGUCCAAGGCGAGGACAAUGGACAAUUUGCAAGCGAAGACGGAAAACGACGACAACAAGCCUCCUGCGGCAGAAACGCGUCUUCUGAACAAGGCGCCGGAAGUUGGCCUGGACGGCGUUCCACCUGACGACCUGCCACCCUAUCUUUUGGAUGACAAGGGCAAGCAGGUGACGCCACUGCUCCGCGAUGGUCUCUUGGAAGCGUCAACCUUCUUUUGGACACAUGAACAGCGCGGACGGCGGCUUAAAGAGCUGUAUCGGCAACACCAGCAAAAUAUGAAGAAACGGCCGGACCGGGAGCUCGGCCGUUUGGUUUAG